AUGAAACACUCGAACUUUUCAACCCCUCCUCUCUCUAUACUCAUGAUGCAUGGCCUGACACGACAGACGCGUAACAUGUUAUUUAAACCAAGAUGGCGGUUUGGUGAAGUCACUUGCAGAUGGUACGCAUUCAAUGGUAUGUUCUUCGGAUUAGCAAGUAUCGGAUGUUUAGCUUCCAUUGGUUUAGACAGAUACAUGCUGACUUGUCGCUAUCAUAAAUAUUUAGAGUUGGAAACUAAACAUUAUGUGGGUUUAUCUCUUGCGGUGUGGCUCAAUGCCUUAUUUUGGGCUGUAAUGCCAUUAUUAGGCUGGUCACAAUACACGAUAGAUUCCUCAGCAAUAGCAUGUUUACUAGAUUUAUCCAGACCGGAAAUUGGAUUAAUUCUAUAUAUAUUAGCUAUUUUCAUAUUUUGUUUUGUUAUACCAUUGACAAUAGUUGGUAUCACAUAUUAUAAAGCCUGGAUGAAGAUUCUAGAAAUUGGCGAUGGCGGAGCACAAGAAAAUAUAGAAUGGACCAACCAUAAACAAAUAACCAAGAUGUCUGUGGUAGUUGUUGUAAUGUUUUGUUUUACGUGGUCACCUUAUGCCAUGGUACAUCUAUAUUGUAUAUUUCGAACAACUCGUCACAUACCUCCAGCGUUAAGUAUUGUGCCAGCAUUAUUAGCUAAAUCGUCAGCUGUAUAUAACCCUUACAUUUAUGCCAUAGUUAACAAACGAUUUCGACUUGCCUUAAAGAAAAUGUGUGGUUGUAUUUGUACCAGAAAUGACAGACAGGCCCUUCAGAUUCACAAUCUGUGUUGA